ACGUCAGAUUCUGGAAGUCGCUUCGGCAGACUUUUAUUUCUACACUUUUAUUUCAGUUUAAUAUAUCGAAAGUUGUUUUUCUGCAGUUGUUACACCUGAUGAAUUCAUUUAUCAGGAUGUCAAGAUCUAAUUCUUCAGGUAUAUCUUGGUGAAUAUGGUUUAUAGCUACACCGCCCAAGUGAUCUUGUAGUACCGUUGAUAUUCAAUUAGUAAUUGAAACAAAAUUGAAUUUUUUGAAACUGCAGAUAUCUGAGGUGUGGAAUUCCACACCUACCAAAUAUUGAGGUGUGGAGUGCUCCAUACCUACUACAGUGAUUUCGCCACCUGUGAUUGAUGAAUAUAUGUCGAAAUAUCAAAGUCCACGUAUUUCAAGUGAAAAAUUGACUCGUCGUCGGCAAGGUGGAUUUCAAAACUUAUCUAAAAGCAGGGUGUACUAUGCCCUAAAAAACCCACCUGACCGAAGCAGGGUUAAAACAUUUGCAAUAAGAAUCAAAAUAUCCCAUUGGUAAAUUAUGAGUUUGAAGUUUCAUAAAAUGUUUUGUAAACCUUCGGACAGAAGAAACUGCAAUAUGGGCGAUGGAAAAGGAGUAUAGAAUGAAAGAAAGAGUCGAUACGUCAGAACGUCACGCCGGAUCGUCAAGCUUAGGCCCAAACAUCGAGGAAAAUGAAUAAGUACAGCGUAGCAUUUUUAUUUUCGAAAAUUUCAUCCUCUAUUAUUCUGUCUUUUUACCAGCAGUCGGUAUUCCGCUUAACCUCCUCGUCAGGACUGUCAGGAGUAACAAUCGAUUUAUCAACUCAAUGCUUUUCUCCUAACAGAAAGGUGUAUACCAUAAUUUAGUACGAUAAUUUAUAAUAAUAGACGAUAAUUAGGACGAUAAUUUUUUUUAUCAUCGUACGAUAAGUGUACGAUAAAUUUAUGCAGCCUGGUACGAUAUUUUCGCAACGGCCAUCUGGCAACCCUGGGUCCUAUGUGCAGCUUUCUCUUUCUAUUGCGCUAUUGCAUUCUCCAAAGGGCCACCUUCGUUACUCCUGCGGUCUAUUCUUGUAUGCUAUGAACAAAACCGACUCACCAGGACUGUCUGAUUAGCACGCUGAUUAGUCUGAAACCCGACCGGUUCUAUCGAGUUAUUUGAAAAUGCGAAAGAAGCGUAGGAAUUGGAUGUUGAGGCUCAGAUAGCCGUUACCGGUUAUCCGACUGUUCCUGUUAUCUUCAAACUCAAUAUUCACUUAUCCGUGUACAUCAGAAUAGAUUUCGAUUCUUGGUAACUCGCGUUGCACAUACCUAUAAUCAACCGAUAACGCGACGCGAUGUGUGAUUGUUUAGCCCACUGUUGGAUACACAACGAAAAUAUUAGACUAUUUAAGUAUGUAAAAAAUUUUGGUCCAGAGUAACCAGAGCAGCUGGGAAUAAUUUUCGCCGGAAAUCAAUGACGAAGAUUUGAAUUUCGGCGUUCGAUUAUUGACAGGUGUACCUAAUCAAGUUAUACGUAACGGACAACGUAAUAACUGAUUUUAGUUGACGGAAACUGCGAACAAAGAACCAAACAAAAUGAUUCUGUCAAAUAGAAUUCACAAAGUCCUACUCUGCGUGAUCGCGUGGAGAUUGUCAUCAGUAUUUCUAGUGCAAACGAGUGACGUACCGGACGAAUAUUGGCAGUCAGUGGAGGUUGCUCAUCGGCUGGCAUUUGGUUAUGGCCACUUGACCUGGGAGUGGCGGGAAGGAAUACGUAGCUACAUUUAUCCGUUACUGAUAUCGUUGAUCUAUCGGAUCCUUGGAUUUUUUCACCUAGAUUUUGCCACGCUUAUAAUAAUCGCGCCUCGCAUUAUUCAAGCCCUUCUCUCCGCUUACGCUGAUUACAGAUUCUACGUAUGGACCAAAAACAAGUGGGCCCUCUUCAGCCUCUGCACCAAUUGGUUCUGGUAUUACUAUGCCUCUCGAACUUUAGUCAACACCUUGGAGACUUCCUUAACGACAAUUGCCCUGUCCAUUUUUCCGUGGCGAGAUAGUAACACCAAGAGCGUCAGCUAUAUUUGGAUCGUCGCAUGGCUCUGCGUCGUUAGACCCACUGCGGCUGUGAUAUGGACUCCGUUAUGUCUGUAUCACCUUUUGACUACUCCGACCUCAGGAAGAAUUGUUCUCCUUCUGAGUUAUUUAAGAAUAGGAAUGACCACCUUAUCUAUAGCGACCUUGGUUGAUACCAUUGGUUAUGGAAAGUUCGUUUUAAGUCACAUAGAAUUUCUUCGGAUUAAUCUCAUCUAUCGGGUUAGCGAUUUCUAUGGUACUGAGCCUUUUUUCUGGUACUUGACCAUAGGAAUCCCAGUCAUCUUGGGCCUAUACUACGUCAUAUUUUUGAUUGGUGCCUGGCAAGUCGUGCAACAUCCUGCCAAGUUUCACAGACAGGCUGUUAUGUUAGUCGUUAUUGGAUGGACUCUGGCCAUCUAUUCAAUGAUACCUCAUAAAGAAAUUAGAUUUAUUCUUCCGUUACUCCCAUUCUUCGUCUGCCUUGGUACUAGUGGCAUUUUGUGCAUAAAAAAUUCUGUGGCACCCUUUACGCGAAAAGUUCUCAUGACCGUUUUGGUGCUCACUAAUUUAUUGCCAGGACUUUACUUCUCUCUGGUUCAUUUGCGAGGUUCGUUAGAUGCCAUGAAAAUAUUACGUCAGGAAAUUGCAAGUGUACCAAAUGAUGACGUCAAUAUCUUAUUCCUCACUCCCUGCCAUGCAACUCCCUUUUAUAGUCACUUGCAUGCUAAUGUAACAGCCAGGUUUCUGACUUGCGAACCAAGCUUAAGCAACCGAGAUGACUACAUUGAUGAGGCGUCAGAGUUCUUUGCAAAUCCAAACCUCUGGUUAAGACAAACUUACAGUAACACCAAAGAUACGGAGAUGCCCACACAUCUUGUAUUAUUUCAUGAGCUUGCUCCAAGUAUUCAUCAAUUUCUUGACAAAUACAGACUAAUCGCUGAUUUAUUUUAUGCUCAUAUCACACCAACUAAUUACAGUCAAUACCUACUGAUUUACAAAAGGAAGUGACUAUCCUUGAUUCAAUUGCAUCGAUUGCUUCAUUUUAAGUAUCUCCAUUGUCGACUGAUAACUUCGUAUCUAGUCUACGUGAUUAACAAUUCCUAAACUGCCGAUAUACUAAGGCUACUUAGUCAUCAUUAUGCAUUUUGUUUACAUGUAAAAUUCGCAUAAGAUUUUCAUUAGCGUAUAACUUGUUACAUCAGGAUUCUGCUUUGGGUUUGGUGACUCAAAUGGCUCGGGAAUAAUUGUUAUUACUUUGAAACUUCGAGAGCCAUGCAAAUUGUUAUAUGACUUAACAUUAAGUUUUUUGUGUGUUACAGGUUUGUAAAUAUUAUGAAACUGACAUGUUAUGACGUAAAAUUAUCUGUGUCUGCUCAUUGGACUUAAAAUGUUAGUAGGGCGUGAUAUGAAUGCUAUUACAAAAGUAGCAAUCGUAAUAAACCAGUGUUUAAA